UUUCUGUCACAUGAGGAGGAGGAGGCGAAAGGCAGGCUGGAAUAAAGAAAUUGGCUCUUUUGACAGCUAGCUGUUAGCUAGCUUCGUCAGGCGCAUCCAGGGAAGGGCAAACUAACGGGAAUCCGAGUCUAAGGAAUAUUGGAAGUGGAAGCACUAGGCCUCCAAGUCCUCUUGGACUCCACAAGUCUGCUCGAACAUGGAAUAAUUUUGGAAGUUUCUUGGGUGCACUGCCAGGACACACGUCUGCCAUCCCCUGUUGCUGCUCCUGGGAGGUCUAUUUGCCCAUCUUGAAGGACUGUGACAGUUACCAAAGUAUGAUAGUCAUGAUGUUGAAGUGGUAAAAGCCCCAGCAGCAGAGAUGUAGCUCAUGACUGAAAAAUGAAGAAACCAAGGAAGUGACCCAGUGUGGAAAGUACAGCCUAUGGUGGGAGGACACCAUGGCAUCCAACGAGAGACUGUACGAAGUCUGGAUGCUCUACUGCAACAAGAGAGAUCCAGACUAUUUGAAGCUGUGGCUGGAGAUCUUCAUCAGCUCUUAUGAGCGAUGCCUGGAUGUGGACUUUGAAAAGCCACCUUCAAGGCUGGAGGAGGUUCCCCCAGUGUUGACCCUCCUCCCAGACAACAUCCUGCAGGUUUUACGCCACCAACUGCUGCAGUGCGUCCAGAAAGCAUCCGACGGCCUGGAGCCUGAACAGCAGAAUUUGGCACUGCUGCUACUCAAAUUCCUCAUCAUAAUCUGCAGGAACCUGUCCAAUGUGGAAGAGAUUGGCACAUGCUCCUAUAUCAAUCACGUCAUCACCAUGACAACCCUCUACAUUCAGCAGCUGAAGAGUAAGACCAAGGAGAAGGAGAUGGCAGACCAGAGCCAGGCGGAAGAAUUUGUCCGGCACGCGCUAGCCUUCUGCGAGAGCCUCUACGACCCCUACCGCAACUGGAGGCAUCGAACCUGCGGGGAACAGCUGGGUACAGUAGAGAGGAGCAGACAGAAGUACAAAGCAGCUCCACUCACCGUCGAGUUUGUCCCUUUCUUUUACCAGUGCUUCCAGGAGAGUGAACACCUGAAGGACAGUCUGAAAUGCUGCCUGCUGCAUCUGUUUGGAGCCAUAGUGGCCGGUGGUCAGAGGAACGCCCUGCUAGCCAUCUCCCCAGCCACCAUGGAGGUGUUGAUGCGGGUGCUGGCUGACUGCUCCAUGGGUAGCUGCUCCACAGACGAGGGCGAGGACUGGGACAGCGAGGCCCCUGACCGCAAGGCUCUGCUGACGCUGGGCUGCCUGCGGGAGGUGGUGCAGCGCCUCCUGGCUUCCAGCUCCGACCAACGGCAGGUGGAAAUUGCCUCCGUGCUGGAAAACUACUUCAAGCUGCUCAACUCGGACCCGGCGGCUGCCAUUGUUGCCCGGCAGCAGCAGCAACAGGCCAAGGGCCGAGCGCCAACACUGGGCCGACACUGGGAGAGCCGCUUUGUGGCGCUGCAAGUACACAUGCUAGACACUAUCAGGGACAUGUUCCUGUGUUCAGACAGGCCAGUUCUCCAAGCCAUCUUCCUCAACAGUAACUGUUUUGAGCAUCUGACACGACUGCUGCAGAACAGCAAGCUGGUUAAUGCUAGGUGCACGGCUGCAGACAAGGACCAGAAAGAUAUAACCAACAACAGGUUACUGACAGGAGAGAGGGACACUCAGGUGUUUCAGGGGCGACUUGACUCCCUUGCCGUAGCAACCAUCAAAGCCCUGACAACAGUGAUGCACAAAUCACCAGCUGCAAAGGAGGUAUUCAAGGAGCGGAUUGGUUACAAUCACCUGUACGAAGUGCUCAUCUCGCUUGGCCAACCAUCCAAACACCUCCUCAAAGAGUUGAUGAACAUGGCAGUGGAGGGUGAACACACUUCAGUGGGGCUCCUGGGCAUUAGCAACGUGGAGCCCUUGCUGCUGCUGGUCCAGUGGCUACCUGAGCUGGACUCAUCUGAGCUGCAGCUCUUCACUGCCGACUGGCUCCGCCGCCUCUGCUGCCUCAACCGCCAGACCCGUGCCACCUGUGUCAACGCUGCUAUGGCCAUGCGGGUGCUGGCCGCCCUGGAGCGCCACCAGCGGCUGCACCGAACCUGCGCCGAGAGCAUGCUGGGACUACUGGGCUCACUGGGCUCACAGUCUCUGAGCGCCGGGGAACUCCUGGGGCUCCUGCGCCUCCUCAGGCCUCCAGAGGCUGGGCAUGCACACCCCUAUGUAGGCCCCACCCUCAGGGCACUCCUGGCCAUGGUACGCAAACAGGGCCUGGAGAGCGCCAUGCAGUACUUUGACCUGUCGCCCAGCAUGGCUGGCAUCGCCGUACCCACGGUGCAGCGCUGGCCAGGCUCAGCCUUCAGCUUCCUGGCCUGGUUGUCACUGGACCAGGACCAGCAGGGCCCACCCAGCAAGGGGGACAAGAGGAAGCAGUUGUACAGCUUUUUCACCCCGGGAGGGACAGGGUUUGAGGCCUUCAUCAGCUCGGCAGGGCUGCUGGUGGUGGCUGUAUGCACCAAGAAGGAGUAUGUCACAGUCAUGCUGCCUGACUACUGCUUCUGUGACUCCCUGUGGCACAGCAUCGGUGUGGUUCAUGUGCCAGGAAAGAGGCCAUUUGGGCAGAGCCUCGUCUACAUUUAUGUGGAUGGACAGCAGAAACUGUCUGCACCCCUUAAGUAUCCCACCAUGACAGAGCCAUUCACCUCCUGCUGCAUCGGGUCAGCUGGCCACCGGACCACCACGCCCCCGCCCUCACAGAUCCCAGACCCCCCAUUCUCCUCGGCUGCUGCCCCCUCUGGUCGUCCCUCUCUAGGUGGUAUCCUGUCACCACAGGCCUGGGGGGGACUGCUGGGGGGAAAACCUGAGUCGGUGACUAAGCUGAUCUCAGCAGGGACCCAAGACAGUGAGUGGGGAAGCCCGACCUCCCUGCAGGGCCAGCUGGGAAGUGUCAUGGUCUUCCAUGAGCCCCUCCAGCCCAAUCACGUCAAAGCCAUCUGCAGUGCAGGCCCAAACUGUAUCUCACCAUUCAAAGCCCAGGAGGCGGAGCUUGGCGACCUCUCAACCAAACUGCUGCUGUACUACUCACCUAAGGCCUGUAGGAACCCCAUCUGCCUGGAUCUGUCUCCCAACAUGCUGCAUGGACGCCUGACUGGGAACAAAGUGGUCAACUGGGACAUCAAGGAUAUGAUCAACUGUGUGGGCGGUCUGCCAGUACUCUUCCCCAUCCUGGAGCAGCUGGCCCUGGUGACACCUGACCAGCAGACCAGCGACCCUGCAGCCGGGUCAGAGUUCAUCACCCCCGACGUGGCCACGCCCGCGGAAGGAGACUGGGUCAUUCUCCCGUCCAACAGGGCUUCAGAGGCACGCUUGGAGAAGAACCUGGUGGCCACCUUCCUGUUGGCGCUAAAGCAUUUUCUGCAGAGACACCCCAUCAACCAGGAGAGCCUGCUGCACUCGCAUGGCGUUGCCACACUGGGAGCCCUGCUGCAGAAGCUUCCGGCAGGCCAGGUGGAUGUUAGUGUGCUGGUUGCUGUCCAACUGCUGGUCGAGCAGGUGACCCAUGAGAAGAACCAGGCGCUGCUGCAGCAGCUUCACUCACACCUGCUGUUCAACUUCAGCAUCUGGAACCAGGGAGACUUCCCCUUACGCAUCGGUCACAUCCAGUACAUGUCCACAGUCAUCAAAGACAACAGGAAGCAGUUCAGGAAAAAAUACGGAGUUCAAUUCCUCCUGGACACCAUACGCCUCUAUUACGGAAAGAACAGCAAUAAGGAAAGUGAUCUGAGUGAGGAUGACAUUCGAACCAUCCGGGCCUCUCUCUGCGGUCUCCUCAAGUACUACAUCAGCAAGGGCAUGUCCCAGGAGGAGAUGCACAGCAUUCUGGGAUAUAUUGCUGCCAUUGGAGAUGAGGAGCAGCUGUGUGGGCUGCUGGAGCUGUUGCUCAACCUUCUUCAGAGCAGUCCGGCCAGAGACCAGCUCUUCCUGCUCCUCUAUGAACCCGGGGCAGCUGACUCCUGCUAUGCCCUGCUGCUCAACAACAAACACUCAGACCGACUCCGAGAGCUCGUCUUCAAGCUGUUUGAGCGCAUGUUGCGCUGCGACCGUGUCUAUGAGAAGAGUAAGCAGCGUGUGCGGCUGAGGGAGGUGGGUUACUCUGGCCUGUCGCUGCUCUUCUCUGACCUACACAUCACCCCAACCCUGAUCCGCUGCCUGCUCAACCAGGUCCUCCACACAGAUCAAGUGGUGAGCUACAAGGACCUGAUGGCUCUGGUCCAGCUCACUCACCGGGCCGGACCAAGCGUUCGCCUCAUUGUCUGCAAGAGGGUGUAUCAGCUGCUCCAGUCCCAGCAGGACGCUGCUGUCCAGAUCUCCAGGCAGCAGUGUUGGCAGGACACCCUGAUGCGACUCUACUUACGGGGUGAUGGAUCCUCAGCACUUCGUGGAGCUGACAGCGUCAGCACCUGCAGCUUAGACCUGGGCUUCAGCCGGCCCAGCGGCAGCAACCGACUGGAGCUGCCACUGGAGAGGAGGGGGCGGGCGGGCAGCGCGGGCCGCCUGGACAGGCUGGAGGAUGACAGGCUCAGCAUGGGCGACACCCGCUCUGUGGACAGCCUGGACAACGGCGAUGUCAUCUCACUGCUGGACACACCAUCUUCCUCCGCCUCCGCCGAGCCGCACGUUAAGCCUUGGGCGGUGGGCAAGUCGGGGGGCCUCACUUUAGAUCUGUCCCACUUGCAGGCCUAUGAGGGCGGAGAGAGUGGCAGCCAGACACCUGGCAGCAUGCCCAGCACACCCUCACCACUGGAGACCACCAAACCUUUCCCGGGGGGGUCCGGGGAGCGUGAGGCAACGUCCUCCCUGACCGAUGACAGCUUCCUGUUUAGUGACAACAUCUCACUGGGCGAGUCCUUCAACAGUGCUGAGCGGGUGGAGGAGGAGCUGUGCAGCAUGCUGCUGGAGAUCGUGCUGUGUGUGAUGUGGCGUGGCGUGGAGGGCUCAGAUGACGCGGCGUGGCUGGAGCGCGGCCAGGUCUUCUCAGCGCUCACCAAACUGGCUACUGCCAAUGAGCUGCUGCUUCCCGUCGACCAAAUCAAACUCAGUCUAAUGGAGCGUAUGCUGGAGUGGGCAGUGGGUGAUAACCGCGAGGCAUCAGCCGCUACGCUACCACAGCACACAGAGAAUGCGGUGCGGCUGCUCCAUGUGGUGCAGGACUUCCUGCAGGCGGAGGGCCUGGUCAACCCGGCGCUGUGGACAGAGAAAGUGCUGGAGGAGACGGUAACGCUGAUGGACAGCCUCAUGGUGUGGUACUCCUCAGGCACUCAGUGGCUCCAGCUCUCCCAGGUUGGACUGCGCCUGCUGCUGGGCUUUAUGGCCCAGGAAGAUCCCGAGGUGUGUGCGAUGGCCACGGCCAAGCUGAACGGCAUCCUGCAGACGAAGGCGGUGGCCAGCCAGGACGAGGCCUGCUACCUGCUGGGUAAGGUGGAGGGCAUCCUGCGGCGCUCUGUGCAGGAGCAGACCGAGGAGACCUACUCCUUCCUGGUUCCCCUGCUGCGAACGCUUCUGUCCAAAGUCCACCGCCUGCUCUACAUGGAGCUGCACCUCCCGCAGCUCCCCGACACAAACGGCAGUCCCUCCUUCUUUGAGGACUUCCAGCUCUACUGCAACUCGCCUGAGUGGCGCGUCUACCUCGACAAAUACAUCAUCCCCUACAUGAAGCAGUAUGAGAUCGAGACGUUCAGCCAGGGCCAUGAGAGCAUGGCUCUCUACUGGAAAGAGUGCUACGAGGCCUUCAUGGUCAGCCUGCAUAAGAGAGAGAGGGAGAGGGGCGAGAGCAAGAUCCGCUUCCAGGAACAGUUUGUGGAGCAAUUCUCUCGACGAGGUCGCCAAGAGAACCUGCGCUAUAAUUGCAUGCUGAAGCAGCAGCACAGCCAGAGCAGCGCCACCCUCAGGCAGUGGAAGGCAGCACGCCGGGGUCUAGUGUGUGACCGAGGGCCCUGGGCUGAAAGGCAGCAGGAUGAGAUGCACUGGAGGGUGUCCAGCGCGGAGAACUACUCCCGCAUGAGGCUGAAGCUGGUCCGUAACUACAGCUUCGACCCUCAUCGAGAAGCCAGUGCACUGCGAGACAACCUGGGUGUCCAUCAGCAGCGCGUGAACCCAGAGUCUCUGCUGCUGGAGGCUGUGAAGCAGGUGAAAGUCAGUGACCUGGAGGACGACAUCCUGGAGCUGCCAGAGGACGACCCUGCUGCUACCAACAACCAAGCUGAGGCAGAGGAGGCAGGCCAGAAGGAGAAGCUGGUAUUGUGGGAGGACUGUGAACUGGUCACAGUGGUGGACGUGGUGCCCGGCCGCCUGGAGCUCACUACCCAACACAUUUACUUCUACGACAGCAGCCAGGAGAAAGAGGAGGGAGUGGGUCACGAUUUCAAAUGGCCUCUGUCUCAGAUCCGUGAGAUCCACCUGCGGCGAUAUAACCUGCGUCGCUCAGCUCUGGAGAUCUUCCUCAUCGAUCAGACCAACUACUUCCUCAAUUUCAAGAAAGAGGCAAGGAACAAAGUGUACAGCCGCAUGUUGCUGCUGCGAUCCCUCAGCCUGUAUGGAACUCGCUCGCCUCAGGAGCUUCUCAAGGCCUCUGGACUCACACAGAAAUGGGUGAACCGGGAGAUUUCCAACUUUGAUUACUUGAUCCAGCUCAACACCAUCGCAGGCAGGACCUACAACGAUCUGGCCCAAUACCCAGUGUUCCCCUGGAUUCUAGCAGACUACACAUCAGAGGAGCUUGACCUGUCUGACCCACGGGUAUUCAGGGAUCUGUCCAAGCCGGUGGCUGUGCUGAAUGAACGCAACGCCAAAGCCGUUAGAGAGAAGUACGAAAGUUUUGAAGAUCCAACAGGCACCAUCGACAGGUUCCACUAUGGCACCCACUACUCCAACGCAGCUGGAGUGAUGCACUACCUGAUCAGAGUGGAGCCCUUCACCUCCCUGCACAUCCAGCUGCAGAGUGGACGGUUUGACUGUGCCGAUCGCCAGUUCCACUCCAUCCCAGCGACCUGGCAGGCCCUCAUGGACAACCCCAACGAUGUCAAGGAGCUCAUCCCCGAGUUCUUCUACUUCCCAGAGUUCCUGGAGAACCAAAAUGGUUUUGAUCUAGGUCGUCUGCAGAUCUCCAAGGAGAGAGUCAACGAUGUUGUCCUACCCAAAUGGGCCAAGUCCCCUGAGGACUUCAUCUACAAGCACCGCAAAGCCCUGGAGUCAGAGUAUGUGUCAGCCCACCUGCACGAGUGGAUAGAUCUGAUCUUCGGUUACAAGCAGAGGGGCCCCGCAGCAGUGGAGGCCCUCAAUGUCUUCUACUACUGCACCUAUGAAGGGGCAGUGGACCUCGAUGCCAUCACUGAUGAAAAGGAGCGCAAAGCCCUGGAGGGCAUGAUCAGCAACUUCGGACAGACGCCCUGCCAGUUACUCAAGGAGCCGCACCCCAUGCGUCUGUCUCAGGAGGAGGUGGACAGGAAGAAGGCUCGACUGGACUCCUGUCCUCUCAGCAUCUUUGAACACCUCAGCGAGCUCAAGUCCUUCUUCGUCGAGGGCAUCAGUGACAAAGUGCCACUGGUUAAGGCCGUGGUGCCCAGGAACCAGUCCCACUCCUUCAUUACCCAGGGCAGCCCAGACACCCUGGUGACAGUGAGUCAGAACUGCCUGGUGGGGACCCACGGAUGGCUGCCAUAUGACAAGAACAUCUCCAACUAUUUCACCUUCUCCAAGGACCCCACAGUAGGGAACCCCAAGACCCAGCGUUUCCUGUCAGGACCCUUCUCCCCCGGCGUGGAGGUGACAGCAGCACUGUUUGUAGUCUCUCACGAUGGCAAGUUGCUUUUCAGUGGCGGCCACUGGGACAACAGCCUGCGGGUCACCUCACUGGUCAAGGGCAAGACUGUGGCGCAGCACAUCCGGCAUAUGGACAUUGUGACGUGCCUGUCGACAGACCACUGUGGCAUCCACCUGAUCUCUGGCUCCAGGGACACGACCUGCAUGGUGUGGCAGGUUCAGCAGCAGGGUGGGGCUCCUGUGGGGCUCUGUCCCAAACCAGUUCAGGUCUUGUACGGACACACAGACGAGGUGGUCAGUGUCAGCAUCAGCACAGAGCUGGACAUGGCUGUGUCUGGAUCACGGGACGGGACAGUGAUCAUCCACACGGUGCGUCGGGGUCAGUACAUGCGCUCUCUGCGGCCGCCAUGCGAUAGCUCCCUGCCACUGUCCAUCCUCCACCUGGCCGUGUCCUGGGAGGGUCACCUGCUGGUGCAUACCUGCCUUGAGGGCAAGGCAACGCUCAAGGAUAAAAAUGCCCUCCAUCUUUACUCAGUGAACGGGAAGCACCUGUGCAGUGAGCCUCUGAAGGAGCAGGUGACAGAUAUGUGUGUCUCUGGGGAGUUUGUGGUCAUCGGCAGCGAGCAGGGCUACCUGUCUAUUCGAGACCUCUACAGCCUGUCUCUGUGCAUGGCGCCCAUGGCCAUGCGGGUGCCGGUGCGCUGCGUCUCGGUCACCAAGGAGCAGAGCCACGCCCUGGUGGGCCUGGAGGACGGCAAGCUGAUCAUCGUGGGCGUGGGCAAGCCGGCGGAGAUGCGCUCGGGCCAGAUCACGCGGAAGCUGUGGGGCUCCAGUAAGCGGCUGACCCAGAUCUCCUCGGGGGAGACGGAGUACAACACCCACCACAGCCAGAACUGACCCGUCCCGAUUCCCUAAUCCCUAAACUCCCCCUCCUCUCCCCCUUCCACAUUCCUGCACGAGCGCUCCUCAGUACCUGUCAGUCAUCCUGUCCUCCCUUCAUCAGGUGGCCUCAUUUUGAUUGACUGUUUGUAGGAACUUCCAUCAGUUCCUCCUGCACCUUCCCACAGUUUUGAGGGUGGUUGGUGGUGGUUUGGGUGCAAAGUAUCAGAAAGACUGCAUGUCCACGUUUUUGUUUGUGUGUGUGUGUGUGUGUGUGUGUGUGUGUGUGUGUAUGCGCGUACGUGUGUGUGUGUGUGUGUGGUUUUGGUGCGUAUACAGCAGGCUUGGAUUGACCAUCCGGCGCAGGCGCUGUCGGUCAAAUCCACACAUGGCAUCCACAAAAACACCACCACCGCCGCCCCUAAACCUGCCACUUCAACUAGCGGACAUUGCUCUUCAUCCCUCAGCCAAUCAUCAUCAUCACCAUCAUAUUCCAUUGUACUUACAUGGUCAGUGUAAUGUUUCUAAACCAGGAGCCCCUAUGCAGAGACACAAGCCUCUGUGUUGCCGAACUCUAAAUCCAGAGGAUCGGACCACUGAGUUGCAAGCGUUUGUGUGUGUGUGUGUGUGUGUGUGUGUGUGUGUGUGCAGUUAGUUGCUAUGUCUCAGUGUCGGAUUGUGUUUUCAAGUGGCCUUUUUUCCCCUCUUAGUUUGCCUUCAGUGCAGACAGUCGGGCAUGGGCUUUGCAGGCUUUUUUUUUUUUUUUUUUUUUUUUUUUUUUUACUUUCUGAUAGCCUCAAAGCUGCCAGCCAGCAGCUCGCUGCAGCAGUCUGCGACGAGACCGAGCUCUCGGCCUUUUCCUGUGUUUUUAUACAUGUUGUGUGUGAAUUUGCAGUUGUUUUUUGUUUUUGUUGUUUUUUUUUUUGUUUUGUUUUUUUUGAGGAUUUUCUUGGUUGUUUUGUUUUCAUUUUCUUGACAAAUGUAUGCCAGCAUUUUUGCGUUUGUAAUAGUUUUUGGAGACACCUUAGACAAAGCAGGAGAUGCGGUGUAUCUUCGAUAUAAAGCAUAUCUUUUUUUUAAUCCUCACAAGAAAAACACUACAGUUUCGCACACUACAAGCUUCCACAUGGAGCUGAUCACAGCAGUACAGACAAAGAGGUUGACAACGGACAGCUGCGGCUCUGAUAUCAAACAACACUCAGCUCUCCAUGCAUCAUCGAAUGUUUUAAGUUACUUGAAUCCAUGUUUAUUUAUGAGUAGGUUCAUUUUUUUUAAAACCAUGCUAUGGUUGAUAUGCUCCAGCUCCUCUGACUGUUCAAAAUGCCCGCAAAAGAAGGAGGGGAGAUACACACAAGGGCUUUAUGAGAUGUCAGUGUUCACAGCAAUACAGCUCCUUCGAUGCUUCCUUCCAGUUUAUUUAUCCAACACAGGUUGGUCAACCAGCCCUCAAUCCUCCAGUCUUCCUCUAGCUUUGGACCAGGGACACUAGAUGUGACCGAACCCGCUCCUCCCCCAGCUGCUCCCAUCAUCGCCUCAAGCUUCCAUACCUUUUAUGUUUUUUAUCUCACUCUAAUUCCUGCUCAUGUUGGAGCGACUGAGUUUAUCUUCAUGCAGUAACAGUCACGGAGCAUCAUUUGCAUGCCUUGGGCUGGUAGCUUGGGAAAUGUUUGUGUGUAAAUGGGAUUUUUUUUAUUUGAUUUUUUUUGCUCUCCAACUCUAUCAGAAUUACACAAAUUCCACAGUAUGAAGGUCCUGUGGAUAGGUCUUUGUGUGAUUCAUGUUUUUGCACCGUAACUGUGUCUGUGUGUGCGUGAGUGGUGUGUGACAUGUGCUGACAUGCAGAUGUUUGCAUGUUUUUUGUUUUUUUUCUUAUGCCAAAAUUCUUGAUUUUAAUCGUAGAUGUUGAUAUCACAGCAUCUCCAGUUCGUUUGCAUGGAAGGGGAUUAGGGCCACACAAAGAUAGAAAAUAGAGUUCUGUUAAAAAUAGUCAAUCCUGAUAUUCAAGUCAAAAUUCCAAGAAGAUUCUGAGAGUUCUGGAAAAAAAAAAUCAAAAUCCUGACUUUAAUCUCACAAUUCUGAGAAAAAUAGAAGCUGAAAAUUCUGAGAGUAAAUUCUGUUAUGAAAAUCAGAAUGCUGACUUUCAUCUGAGAAUUCUGACUUUUUCCUAAGAAUUCUAAUUCAGAAUCCAGCCGUAAUCCCUUUUCCAUACUUUUCCAACGUGGAAGCCCCUGAUUGUUUUUUCACAGUCAUGGGUUUGGCAUUAUUCCACUUCUUCAAAUGGUUCUUGUUUGUUUCUAGUUGAUUUUAUUUAAGUAUCACAUAAAUGUGCUACAUGGUUCAGUGCAGAGACCAAGUCACAUCCUUCUGUAAGAGACUUUGAAACUUUGUUUGGGUGAGUAUGUAUAUGUGAGAAACAUACAUCUUUAACUAUUUUCUGUGAAAGGUGUGCUAAAUGUUUUGUCCAGUGGAGUGUUUCUCGUUUCGUUCAUUCACAUUUGUUAUUCAGACAAAAGACCACUGUCAGAGGAGUUUUUAAACUGACUUGUGCGAUUGCAAAAAAUGGAGUGCCUUUAUCCCAGUGUGGUGUUACCGUAGACUUUGGUUGUUCUCAUUACUGAAGCAUAUUAUCCCCGAACUGAAUUCAAAUGAAAGCAGCAUUCCAGAAGGAAGCAAACAUCCACUGUUAUUAUGGGAACCAAGAAUAUAGGACUUCUGCGCAAAAUCUGAGUAAAUGAAAAAGUAAUAUUUUGUGUCUUAGCUACAUUCUCUGUGACUGUCACCAAAUGGAUGUGUGUAUAUCUGUGAUUAUUUAUGAAUACAGUAUAUAAUGUACAGCAUGAUUUUUACUUCAUUGUAUUUGAAAUGUACUUUUGCACUUUCCAGGUACUAAAUUGUAACAAAUUGUUUUAACUUGUCUCCCCAAUCUGUACAAACGGCUUUGUAUACACAAGUGGAAAAUGAUCAUUAAAGUCUUGUUCAAGUUCAAGUUUAUUUAAAGCCCAA